GGUAUAAUGUAACUGGUCAGAUAAUUUAAAGGUUCAGUGCUCUGGAUGUAUAGCUCUGAAAAGCCGUUGGACCAAGGUAUUUACACGGGGAAGGUAAAGCUUGAGUGUAACUUGUGCAUAAAUGGUCUUAGCAGCUUGACAUUUUCAGGUCUUCAGGUGAGCUCACUUCACCUGGAGGGCGGAUAAUCAAACUGUACACUUUAAGUGUGAGUCUGGGGUGAUAAAUACAGCUGUUAGACAUGGCAGGCGUUUAGCGCCAAACAUUCAGUGAACUGAUCCUGAUGAGUCUGCACGGAAGGUAACACAACGCUAUGACCUCGCCCCGCACGACAGCACCGGUGUGCACCGUAAAGUGAAAUGAACGCCCUCCGGUGCACCACGUUAGCUCGCAUUGCUAGCUGCUAGAGGAGCAGAGAAGUCAUCAAAGCGGGGACAGCGAUACAUUCUUGACUUUAUCUACCGCAACGCAUGUGAUUUUUCUAAAUGUCCUUGGAAACAGCUGACUAAAGUUUGACAGCUAUCACGCUAGAUUUCAUUUGGAAGAAUUACCACAAGAGAGAGAGAGGCGCCUGAAAUUUGCUUGGAUUAUUAAGCUUUUUCCUGUGUUAAUAGACCCACAAAUCAUCUGCUGAUGACCACAUCUGAAGCCAAUCCUGAGUUGUGAGUCAGAAGAGGAGAGGCUGGGCUGAUGACAAGCAUGACAUUGAGCCAAGCCACAGAUGCAUGCCCACUCAAAAGGCCCAACUGAGCGCCAUCCCCUCUGCUUCCCGGCUCUCAACCAGCCUCUCAGAGGGGGUGGGUGUCGACGGGGCGUAGCUAGUCCCUGCACCCCCAAGUAGAUCCUCACUGUGAAACUGGAGGUCUCUGAUGGAUCAGGUUAGUAGUGAGCAGAGUCCAGAGGAGCCGGACGCAGGAGGCCGGGCGGAGCUGGAGGUCGGCAGGAGGGCGUCGGAGUCAGAGCACGGCUUGUCCAAAAUCACCCAUAAUGCCCUGGAGAACAUGGGAGCGUUGGGCCAUGGCCUGAAGCAGUUCUUCCAGCCACAGCGCCGACGCUCCUCCGUUUCCCCACAUGACUCCGCCUCGUCCUGUGUGGGCGCCCCUCCCUCCGAGCCCGCUGAUGUAGGGUCAGAAGUAGGGGACGCUCCUGCCUCCUCAGCCCUCCCUUUGGAUUCUGACAACCCUGCUGCUUCCGCCCCUCCCGCAGCUCUGAGCCGUGUUCUGCAGCAGAUCCGAGGUGCUCCACCAAUGAUGAAGCGAGGCACCAGCCUGCAGAGCCGCCGCAGCAAGGCGGGGGGCACUGGGGACCCCCCCCAGAAAGGUAGCCCCCAGAUCCAUAGGCGCAGCACCCACGAAGCCCUGCUGCAGGCUGGACGCCCACGCUCCUCCUCGACCACAGACACACCUAGCAGCCCAGCCUUAGCUGACAUGCUGCUGACCUCUGGGUACCACUCAACCGAGGAGCCUGACAAGCUGGAUCGUUACGAUGGCCUGGGCCCUGCUGUGUCACCCAACGCCCUCCCCUAUGGUGCAGACGGGUAUGAUGUAGUUGACAGUACCCCAGACCCCCAGCGAACUAAGCAGGCCAUCGCCCAACUACAACAGAAGAUCCUCAAGCUAACAGAACAAAUCAAGAUUGAACAAACUGCGCGCGACGACAACGUGGCCGAAUACCUGAAACUUGCUAAUAAUGCAGACAAACAGCAGAGUGCACGCAUCAAACAGGUGUUUGAGAAGAAGAACCAAAAGUCAGCUCAGACUAUCCAGCAACUGCAGAGGAAGCUGGAGCACUAUCACCGGAAGCUCCGUGAGGUGGAGCACAAUGGCAUCCCUCGCCAGCCCAAAGAUGUUUUUCGAGACAUGCACCAGGGGCUGAAAGAUGUUGGAGCCAAGGUGACAGGUGGCCUCUCCAGCUUCUCUCAAGCCACUCAUUCUGCAGCUGGAGCUGUGGUGUCCAAGCCGAGAGAAAUCGCCUCCCUCAUUCGCAACAAGUUUGGCAGCGCUGAUAACAUUGCAGCCUUGAAAGACUCUUUGGAUGAAACCCAGGGGGAUGAGGGUGUCGGUCCUGGGGCAACGAGGGCCAUUGGGACAGGACAGUUGCAGUCCAGCCCAAAGUAUGGCAGUGACGAUGACUGUUCUAGUGCUACGUCUGGCUCUGCUGGAGCCAACAGUACGACCGGAGCCCCCGGAGGUCCCCCUAGCUCCAAGGGCAAUACCCUUGAUCAUGCCCAGGCCUCAGGCUUUGAUGCUAUACUCCACGAGAUCCAGGAGCUCCGGGAAAACCAGGGUCGACUUGAGGAGUCUUUUGAAAACUUAAAAGCCCACUAUCAGCGAGAGAACACAAUGAUUAUGGAGGCCCUGCAAGAAGAACGAUACAGGUGUGAACGUUUAGAAGAACAACUCAACGACUUAACAGAAUUGCACCAGAAUGAAAUUUUGAACUUGAAACAGGAACUAGCCAGCAUGGAGGAGAAGAUUGCUUACCAGUCUUAUGAAAGAGCGAGGGACAUUCAGGAGGCGCUAGAGGCAUGUCAGACCCGUAUCUCCAAGAUGGAGCUGCAGCAGCAGCAACAGCAGGUGGUGCAGCUGGAGGGUUUGGAGAACGCCACAGCGCGGACUCUUCUCGGAAAACUAAUCAAUGUGCUGCUAGCUGUCAUGGCAGUGGUUUUGGUGUUUGUGUCCACAGUGGCGAACUGUGUCGUCCCAUUAAUGAAAACGCGCAGUCGCACGCUUUCUACGCUGCUCCUCGUUAUCCUCCUCGCCUUCCUCUGGAGGCACUGGGAUGCUAUUUCAGAGUAUCUGCAUCACUUUCUUCUGCACCCCAGAUGACCGGUUCAGAGAGGCCUAUUUAAAUAAUGAAAGGACAGAGGGUUUGGGGCUGAUGUGUUAAUGGAGGACACUGACCCAUACAGGGAGUUGAAUCUCAAUAGUCCUACCUUUUCUUCUUCUGCAGAUUCUCAAAACACUCAGGAGGAUUGCAUCAGAGGUUUGUCACUUUAUCACUUUCUGAGAUGUGUUUUGAGAAGAAUAAAACAGAAUAAGGUGAGAAACGGUUGGACGUUUGUUAUUGACUUUCUAUCUUUGGUGCAGUGGUGGCACAAGCACAUACUGGAAGGGUGAAUGGGGCAUAGUUGAAGGAAAGAGGCUGAGAGAACUGCACAGUUGAUUUUCUCUCUUCUGAGUGAAUUUGUUUACAUGUGGAAAACUUUGCAUUGUUUCCUCACAGAAGAAAUUGUAAUUCAGAGUUUUAUUACUUUUGAGCUGACUCCAAGUGGUAUUGUUUUGAAGUCACUGCUAUUUUUAAUACAGCUGAUUGAUGGCAUUUUAACUUUCUUUCAACUGUAAGGAGCUGACAGUGUUCUGCUAAUUUAGUUGUCCACAUUCUCUUUUUGUAAGUUCUCUCUCUUCUGGUCUUUCCAUUCUGUUGUUUUCAGUCUGCCCUUUCUUUCUCCUUUACUCAGUCUUUUCAAAUUUCAGCUUGUGUGACCAACUCUUCCUCUUCUUGCUUACUACACUCU